ACAACCAAUUUAAAGUAUAUAUAUUUUGUGUGUAUAUAAAGUUCAAGUUUUCAAUUUAGAUGAAUGAAUCAUUAUGUGGGGUUAGUUUUAUCUCAAAGCCUUCAUCCAAAGGCUCUUUACUUUGUUUCUUCUUAGUCAAGUUUUUGCUUGGCAAAUAAGCAAAAAUCAAAGGCUUUCUUCCCACUAAAACUUAAAGCACAUAUUGUAUAUAUCAUUGCUCUUCUUGUCUUAAAGCACAUAUUGCAUAUAUCAUUGCUCUUCUUGUCUUAAAGCAACAUAUUUAUAUUCCUACACACAUUCACUCUCACACAUUUAUAAAACCUCAUAAGUUUUCAUUCUUGAUACUCGAAACUCUCAUAUCUUAGUUAUUAUCUUCAACGCGACAAUUCUAAUCGCCUUCCUUAUGGACGCGAUCUUCUCUUCGUCUCAAGCUUUGUUGAAUGCUCAUAGUGGCAUUACUAACCAUGUUGGAUUCAUUUGGCAACAAACUAGAACUCCUUUGGUUGUACAAUUUCUAAGAUUAAUUUUAUAUGUUUGUUUGGCCUUAUCAUUUAUGUUAUUUGUUGAGAGACUUUACAUGGGAAUUGUCAUAGCAUUUGUAAAGUUGUUUAGAAGAAAACCAGAGAAGAAGUACAAGUGGGAGCCACUUAAAGGCGAUUUGGAAUUAGGAAAUUAUUCAUAUCCUAUGGUUUUAGUGCAAAUACCAAUGUGCAAUGAAAAAGAGGUGUAUCAAUUGUCCAUUGGAGCAGCUUGUAACCUUUCAUGGCCAGCCAAUAGAAUUUUCAUCCAAGUUCUUGAUGAUUCUACUGACCCUACAAUUAAGGCGUUGGUGGAGCAAGAGUGCAGGAGAUGGGCAAGCAAAGGAGUUAACAUUAAGUAUGAGAUAAGAGAUAACAGGAAAGGGUACAAAGCUGGGGCUCUUAGAGAAGGAAUGAAGCAUAGUUAUGUGAAGCUUUGUAGUCAUGUAGCCAUCUUUGAUGCUGAUUUUCAACCCGAGCCCGAUUUCUUGGAGCGUAGCAUCCCGUUUCUGGUGCACAACCCUGAAAUCGGACUCGUUCAAGCUCGUUGGGAAUUUGUGAAUGCUGAGGAGUGUUUGAUGACAAAAAUGCAAGAAAUGUCAUUUGGUUACCAUUUCACAGUGGAGCAAGAAGUUGGAUCUACAGCUCAUGCAUUUUUUGGCUUCAAUGGCACUGCUGGAGUUUGGAGAAUGUCAGCUCUUAUUGAGGCAGGGGGAUGGAAAGACAGAACAACUGUGGAAGACAUGGAUCUAGCAGUACGAGCCGGUUUAAAUGGCUGGAAAUUCGUCUAUGUUGAUGACCUUAAGGUGAAAAGUGAAUUGCCAAGCACGUUUAGGGCCUAUCGCAAUCAGCAACACAGAUGGUCUUGUGGACCUGCUAAUCUUUUCAGAAAAAUGGCAAUGGAAAUUGCAACUAACAAGAAAGUUUCUGUAUGGAAGAAAUUUUACCUGAUUUACAGCUUCUUCUUUGUACGAAAGAUCAUAGCACACGUCGUGACAUUCAUCUUAUAUUGUGUUGUUAUUCCUGCAACGAUUUUCAUCCCUGAAGUUCAAGUACCUCGAUGGGGAACUAUAUACAUUCCUACAGCUAUCACUGUUCUCAAUAUACUUGGCUCCGCAAGAUCAAUGCAACUGGUGGUAUAUUGGAUCCUGUUUGAGAAUGUAAUGUCCCUUCAUCGGACAAAGGCAAUGCUCAUUGGUCUUUUUGAAUCGGAGAGAGUGAAUGAAUGGAUAGUAACAGAGAAACUCGGAGAUGCUCUUAAGACCAAAAAGGGCUCAAAAGCACUGAAGAGACUUCAGUUUCGAGUUGGAGAGAGGGUACAUGUUCUUGAGCUUUUCGUUGGGUUGUACCUGCUGUUUUGUGGGUGGUACGACUACUCGUUUGGAAGGAACAAGUUCUAUGUAUACCUCUUACUCCAAGCUAUGGCGUUUUUCGUUGUUGGUUUUGGUUAUGUUGGUGUUUUUGUUCAUGAAUAGUAGCUUGAUAUUCUUUUAUACCACAAUGUGUAUAAGCAACUAAGAUCAUGCUUUACUUGUAUUUGUUUUUUGUUUUUUUGGUUCUUUUUCAUUAUUUGUGAAUGAGCAAGGCAUAAGAGAAUUCUAUAAUUGAUUAAUUUCAUAGACAAACCACAGUCGACUAUAUAUUUGUAGUAAAAAAUUCACUGAAUAUUCAUAAAAAUAUAGAAUUGUGAACGCACUUUUUAUUGUAUAUAUUAGCUUGAAGUUAGAGCCAAAACCCAUAAGCUUCAAAGCCUGAAUUCGCUUAUAAAGAGUUUAUUGUCUGUCUAUUCAUUCGUACAUUUGUUUGGUAAAAAGAAAUCCAAGGUCCUACGAUAAACGUAUUCACGAAAUCAACAUUCAUGCAGCCACCUAAGCAAAGAUAUUAUUUUUGGUUUCCCACCCGGUACCCGGUGUCUAGUAACCCCGACUAGAUCCGGACUCAUACGAGAGUCCAACAUUAGAAAGUAAAGUACUUUGUCAUAGGGCUCAAGCGUAAAACCUCUAGCAGUAGAAUUAAAACGUCUGCAAUUUCAAAUAUGAUGAAUGCAUAUUUCAAACAUCAUGUUUUUGGGACCUAUCCAAUUUCUCCAGACAUUUUUAUCAGUAAAAUGCAGAAAAACAUAUUUCAACAACAUAAACUGCAUCUUAGGAGGAUUUGGAUUAAUCUAUUGAAGAAAAUCAAAGGCCUCUAAAUGAUUCAAUUCAUGGAAGUCAUGAGAAACUGCUGGACGCAAAUGCGAAAGAGAUAACAGAUGGCACUCAUGCCAAUCCAGAAACACAAGCUUAACUGAGAUUUCGAGAAGUCACGUACAGGCAGUGAUGAAGCCAGGAAUUCUAACAAGGAAACUCGAAAAAUGUAAAACAUCACGAGUAGUAAGAUUUGAAAUUGUAAACUAGAACAACCUCUAUCAGUACACAAGAAUCCUCUCUUAUGUCAAAGAAAUUCAAACAGUUUAUAUAUAAGCAAAAAGAAGACAUUUUUCCCUAGACAGUAUUAUCUACUGAUAAAGGGGAUUCAGUUGACCACCUCGCGUCCACCUAAAUCUGCUACUGGAUAUUGGAAGCUCACAGAGGCUAUAGACUAAACACAAGGGAACUAUCCGGGAGAAGUUCGUUCAACAGAGAAGUUUAACUAGACAACAGCUUCCCCCCGGAACGAAGUCCCAAAUCUAAUGUAAGCAGAUACAGACUGCACAAACAUAUCUGCAAUCCAUUCCAGUGAAUAACUUGACAACCACACAUUCAGUAACAACAUUUAGAGGGUUCAGUGUCAAAUUUCCGUUGCUGCACAUUAUUAAUAAAUCAAUAUUCAGACUGGACCUAUUCAGACACCAAAAAACAAA